UGUUAAGUGGGUGUCUCUAUAUAAAUCCACUCGGGGUCAACUCCUUCAUUCGUGCACCAGAGAGGGAAAGAGAUUAUCUUCGAGGGAACCAGAAAAAACACAAUGGUGGCCACAACAGACUGCGUAGAAAAGUCCAAACCCAUCGCUGGAAACAAGGUAUCCAAACCACUCAUGGAAAAGAAACGAAGAGCUCGCAUAAACAAGUGUUUGGACCAGUUAAAAUCUCUUCUGGAGAGCUACUACAGCAGUAGUAUUCGAAAGCGCAAACUGGAAAAGGCUGACAUCUUGGAGCUCACUGUGAAACAUCUAAGGAACCUCCAAAAGAUCCAGAGCUGCACUGCCGCUGCUUCCAAUUUGUCUGAUUACCAAACUGGCUUCCGCAGUUGCCUGACAAACGUCAACCAAUAUUUGCUGAUGGCGGACAACUUGAACGGGAGCGACCGCUGGAUGUUAUCGCAGCUUUCCAGUAAGCUCUGCCGCUCUCAGGCACAAGAGGAAGUCUUCAGCACCACGGACAGCGGCCUGGGCCAAGAGGAGACACGGGAUAAGGCGCGGAGACUUCUUCCAUCGGCAGCUGGACCCGAGGAGAGGAAAACGGCCAAAUCGGAAGCUCUGAAACGCCAUACCCAGUCUCGCUUUUUUCCGAGUGAAGACGCACGGCAGUCGUCUGGGACCAAACAGGCUGUCCUUGUUGCGGCGCCCACACAAAAUACUCAUGAAAAAAGUUCCAGUCACAAGAAGUUUCACUCUGUCAGUCACACGAAUGAAGUUGCAAACACUCAGCACAACGUCUGGCGGCCUUGGUAGAGCUGAUGGAAAGCUGUAGAUACCCUAAGUCAUAGCUUGAUUGAAUGUUUAUAAUUGCACUGUAGAGAUUUCCACAAUAUGCUAUUACCUAUAUAGGUUAUACUGUACAUGUUUUAUUUUCUUAAUAAAAUAGUCGAAAGAAAGAACGUGUUGUCUUGCU